AUGCCUACCAUCACCAGUGCGCCGCUAUCUACACCAGCGGGAGUCGCGACCACUGCCCAAGCUCGUCACACUGAACCCACGGCGGAAAACGCCCGCCUCGAAGCGAUAGAUUUGGAUGGCGAAAUUAUCAUUGCGGAGAGAGACGUGUGGGAGAGCAACGAUGAUGCCGACCAGUCGGUCAGAGGGGAUCUAGAGAAGGGGAGGAGAGUGGAUGGCGAUGAGGGUAACGGGCGAGCUGGUUAG